ACAUCUCACUCCAUGAAACUAGAAAAGCUACGAGAAUUGUUCAAAGAUGUGGAUCACUUUGAUCCCAUAGUCAAUGACACCUACCAACGACGAGUUGAAGACAGUAUGGACAUUAUAGACAGAUUCCAAGAACAGGCCACUGAGCAGAUCGAAAAGCUUCAGAAAUCACUAGUGUCCACCCAACCGUACCACAUUGAGUUUGCUGAAUACGAACGAAAACGAGAGGUUAUUGCACGUUAUAGAACCUACAAUAAAGUGUUGUUCUUCAGUGAUAAGUCCGAUAUCAUCAACGAGAGUGCCACCAAUACGAUUUUGGAUGAGUUGGUAACAGAUCAAAUCAGAAGUCAUAACGCGCUCGUGAACGAGAAUAAAUACCAAACGGAAGCGAUAGGACAAUUGCAAGCCCAAGAAAGAUCCUACCGCGAGCUACUAGAACGCAUAGACGAAGUGAUAUCUACAAAGAAGACGGAACUCUUACUGCUACAGCAGCAGUCACUACAUCAAGAAAGUGAUAUAAAAGACAAAGUGAGACUCCAGUUGGAUGCCAAAAGAAAAGAGUGCAAAGACAUAUUGACACUUCUUCGCACGUCGUUGCACAGAAUUAUUGUGAAGUAUUUCUCCUUUUCUGACGCUGUUGCUGGAACCGAAGAAGUGGAGUGGUUGGCGGAAUUUGUAGACUUAUUGAUUGAAAACUCCACUUCUGGUCAGUAUAUCGAUAUUCGAGAAUUGGAUACCGUGCGCCGAGAGCUAGUGAACAACUUGGUGCUCAGCAAUAUCAUCGAGACAGCUGCACCAUCUGACAGUACGUCAGGUGACACCGAUGCGGACUUGAAAUCCAUUUCUACACAUCCUCUUGUCAAGCUAAGAGACUUCACAUAAGACCAAAACAUCUUUUUGUUUCUGGUCUUUUGGUCUAUAGGAAUUUCUUGAAUUAAAUAUCUUGUUCUCAUCUUCUUCAAUACGUAUAGGCUUAAUUCUACACUUGAACUUAGCUGCAAAAAGUUCUGACCCAU